AUGGCAUUCAAUGCCAAAAAUCUACAAUACAAUAAGCAGGAGCCCUCCUUCCUCCGCAGGCUAAGAGGAGAAGUGGGAGGCCUUGAUGGAAGACACAACGUACAGAUCGCUCGGCCGAAGAAGGAUAGGUUGAAGACAGGUGACGACGAAGAGGAUGAACCGGUGAUUGUGGAUGAGCGAGGUGAGCGCAUCGAGAAGGCGGAACUCGAACGGAGGAUGAAAGGGGGAGACGAGACUGAGCAAUCCGCCGAAAAGGAAGCUGGGGCUCAGGCAGAGGAAGCAAAGCAAAAUCCCGAACACAGUGAAAGACAAAUGGUAUCACGGAUUGGCGCCUCGGCGAAUUCAAAGAAGAGAAAGGUCGGCAAAGUUGUUGGAGGGGAAGACGAAGACGAUCGUGAUAGUACGGUGAACAAAGCUCCAAAACAGGGAACCGGUCCCAAGGAGAAAGACGACAAACACCCGGCGGCGAAAAUCGGACCCGUUGCACCAAAGAAGAAAGGCAAGAAGAUCAAGUUGUCCUUUGACGAUCCGGACGGAUGA